CUUCCUGGCUCUCCUGUGUUGAUGUUAGCCGAUGUAACCGGUUUUAAGCCUUACGGUAGUCAUUUUCUUGUGUUUUUUUGCUUUUAUCAAAUUGCCGCCAGAUUGCCAUUGAAUAAACGAACAUACAAUCAUUUUCGCUUUGAUUUCUGGUGUAAUUCAGCCGUUUGUGUUUUGCUUUUGGCAUGUUGCUUAUUCUGCUAUCACCAUCACCAGGACGUCUGUCUUCAUCUCCAGAUUUGCUGAGGGCAAAGCCAGUUUGAUGCCCGUGGCUCCAUCAUGGAGCUCUCAGAAUCGAUCACACACAAGAACGGGCGGCAGAGAAAAGUGACAUGUGCCAGCGACCCUCCUGAAAACAUGAGGGACCUUCUCAGAAGAGACACAUCCUCCUCUGAUCCAGAUGUAGAGGAGGAAGCGGAAGAUCUUAUCCAAGGGUCAGACUCCGAGGAAAGGAGAUAUCACAGAGUACGGCCUGGCAUUCGUGGCGAGUUAGGGAAUGUGCUGCUUCUUUUGUUUCUUUAUGUGCUGCAAGGAAUUCCUCUGGGACUGGCUGGAAGUAUUCCUCUGAUCCUACAGAGCAGGAAUGUCAGCUAUAAAGAUCAAGCCUUCUUCAGCUUUGUCUUCUGGCCUUUUAGUCUCAAGCUGCUUUGGGCGCCUCUGGUGGACGCACUCUACUUCAGCAGGUUUGGUAGAAGAAAGUCAUGGCUGGUGCCCACGCAGUACCUCCUUGGCCUCUUCAUGCUCUGCCUUUCUGUAACAGUGAAUUCACUGCUGCAGAAUGAGGCGAGGCCAAAUGUUGUAACACUUACUGCAGUUUUCUUUAUGCUAGCCUUUCUGGCAGCCACACAGGACAUAGCUGUGGAUGGUUGGGCCUUGACCAUGUUAUCCAGAGAGAAUGUGGGCUAUGCAUCUACAUGCAACUCUGUAGGACAGACCGCAGGCUACUUCCUUGGGAAUGUGCUCUUUUUGGCUCUGGAGUCUGCUGACUUUUGCAACAAAUACCUCAGGAUAGAGCCCAAGGACACAGGGAUCGUCACUCUGUCAGACUUUUUGUUUUUUUGGGGAAUUGUCUUCCUGGUUUCCACGACACUGGUAGCCAUAUUUAAAGGGGAAAACGAGCCUCGCAAAGGAAAGAGGAGAGUGCAAGAGGAGACACAGGGUGUCAUGGAGACCUACAAGUUGCUGUUCUCUAUCAUCAAGAUGCCCACAGUCUUCACCUUCUGUUUCCUGCUACUCACGGCUAAAGUGGGCUUCUCUGCAGCCGAUGCAGUGACAGGCUUGAAGCUAGUGGAGGCGGGAGUUCCCAAGGAGCAGCUGGCAUUGUUGGCAGUACCUAUGGUGCCUCUGCAGAUCCUCCUACCAGUGGUCAUCAGUAAAUACACAGCAGGACCCCGGCCCCUGGACGUCUUCUACAAGGCCUUCCCUUUUAGGUUGCUCAUAGGGCUGGGGUACGCUCUGCUGGUUUGGUGGACACCCAGUGUAAAACAAGAAGGAGGCUUUCCUGUUUACUACUAUGCCAUAGUGCUGCUUAGCUACGCACUGCAUCAGGUGGCGUUGUACAGUAUGUAUGUGGCCUGUAUGGCCUUCCAUGCCAAAGUGAGUGACCCUCUCAUUGGUGGGACCUACAUGACCCUCCUGAACACUGUCACUAAUCUGGGUGGGAACUGGCCCUCCACUGUGGCUCUGUGGAUGGUAGAUCCACUGACCUACAAGGAGUGUCAGGGGGCCCCUGGGCAAAGCUGUGGCUCUGUUGAGGAGGCGGGGCUGUGCGUUAAGGAGGAUGGUGUUUGUGUGACCACAUUAGACGGCUACUAUGUGGAGUCUGUGGUGUGUGUUGUGAUUGGCUUAGCCUGGUGGGUGUGGCUAGGGAAGAAAAUGAGGCGGCUGCAGGAACAAAGCCCUGCUGCGUGGAGAUGCAGAGUCGAACAGUGAUCACUUCAUUCACCAUCAGUAAAUGAUUCUGGUGGGUGGAUCUCUGCUCCACUGUGGCUAAACACUGGACGCACUAUAAUCCCAUCAUCCCAUGGGUCUGUUUUAGUUCUUCUGGUCCUGUCCUAGCUGAUAUGUUUCUAGCUACUCUCUCUGUCACCUGUCACCUUAAAGUACAUAAAUAUGAAGACAUACAACAUCAUCAUUUCUUGUGCAACAGUGUCUUGAAACUCUUAAAACAUUUUAGUCAAUUACACAGACUGUUGUGUGUGAAUUUUUUUUGCUUGUGAAAGCACAUUCAGCUGCUUGAUAUAGCCUAACCAAACCAGAGCUGGGUCAAAUUGUACCUUAAAAUACUUAUCAGGGUUUAUUAUAACCUGUACCAGAUUGCUAUAUUUUCUAUAUUUAAAGCUCUGAUGUAUCCAAUAUAGGUUAAAGCUCUACAGCAUUUGUACUUUUCCCUGGAUUCCAGCAAAAUAUAGCUCAUCAUUAUACAGAAGUCUGUUAAGUGACUGUAAACUCAGCACUGCACACUCUGCAGAGGUCAUGGUUGCUUUUUUUAUUACAAAGGAUAACAAAGGGAAAGUAUGUAUUUCUUAUGCAAGAUAUCUGUUACAGGAACUAGUCUGUCAGUCUCAUUUAGAAGUAUCUAGGCUAAUAGGCAUAUUUAAUAAUUAAAUGAUGGUAAACAGCAUAAAAUCUGGUAUUUGAUGUUAUUUUAAACUCCAUGAAUAAGUUUAGUCAGUUUGACUCAGACCUGGACUGUGUUUUGUUCUUUAAUUUUUUUUAGUUCUUUGUGCCUUUUUUUUUUUUAAGCAUUUCAAUGUCUCUUGACUUUGAGGACAUCCAGCAGAAUCACUUCACAGCCGAUGUUGUUUGACCUGUUGUUAUUUAAUCAAAGCAGGGAAAUUGAACUAGAAAAUGCAACAGUUACACAGAUGAACGCUAUUGUAAUCUGCAGUUAUAGAAAAACGUGUGCUUUUUGUACUUCAGUUGCUUUAUUUCCCAGCUGAAUACACAUUCCUCAUGAGCGUUAGAUCUUGCACAAUGUGUUACCCAUAUUGAAAGAACAAUAUCGACUUCAGUCAAAUGAACUGAAAGAACAUCUAAAAUAUCCACCAAUAAUCUUUCAUUCCAAUUAAUUUGAUCACUUUUAUUCCUUAAAGGACCAAUUCAUACUUAACAAUAUUGGACAUUGCAGUGUUUAACUGUUGUAUGAUUACAGGGUAAACUGGCUGAAGAGAAAAUGAAAAAGUGAGUCCUAUGUGUAAAAAAAACAAAAACAAACUGCUGAUGACACUUGUGAAAACGUUGGUAAACAGCAUAUUUUAAAUCAGAUCCUAGACCAGCAUCUUAAGCAUAAGUAAAAGUCCUGCUUCUCUAUCACAUAUUGUACAUAGAAUUGUUACAGUAUUUUUGCUAAAGCCAAAAUCUGACCGCUCUGUCAAAUCUAAAUGUAAACAAUCAGGGUUCAUGUGAGCUGUUCUGACUUAAUGUAACAUGAAAUAAGCAAACUCGUAUGUUUUACAUUAUUUUUGAUUUCCUGUGACUACUAUGUGAUGGUCAAUAUAUAGUAGCAGUUUUAUUUGUAUACCUGUUCUUCAUAUUGUACAUUAAACUCACACAUUGUGAGUAACCAGAGUUUUUUUUUUUCUUUUUUACUUAGGUUCAUACUUCUACUUUGCUGUGUUUUGUGGUUCUUUCAUAUUACUUUGUGCCAGUUUUUCUGUAUCAUGAUAACACUUCAUCCUUGAAAGCCUUUAUUGCCAUUAAGGGGCACUGCAUCUAUUGUUGUGAUCUUCUUUUGACAAACAUACCAGUACAGAGACUGUUAAAUUAUUUGUAUAAUUUGUAUGUUUAAUUUAGGAUGGGGUUUUCAUCGGAGGUUCAUGUACUUGGUUAAAAAGGGUUUUAGGUGGUGAACUACUGUCGCUGCAGAAUGUUUAAGUUAAUGUUACCUCAAUCAGAAUUCUUUUUUAAAUUAUUUUUUUGUUGUACUUUGCACAAUGUUUAAGUCCAGAUCCUCAGUCAGGUACAAAGUAUAGAAUUGGGUGAUGAAACAGAAAUGUCAUAUGAAAAUGCUUGCAGCUCUAAUGUUCUUAUGAUACAAUAUAGAUGAGAUUUGAAACAAAUCGUAUGUGUAAUAAAAAUCUACAUUCUUGUGA